CUGGAAAUGGAAGAGGUUCGCAGAAGAUUUUAUUCUUUCACAACUAAAAUGUAAUAAAUGCUGUAAGCUUAGUCACUCUUUUCUUCUGCAAACUAAGUGUAGCAGUCGAAGAUUUUACCUUUGAAACGCAUUUACGAGACGGGAAGUACAAGCCGCCAUGACAGAACACAAGAAGACUGGCGCACAAGUUGAAGGUAUACAUUAUAUAAAUUUAUAUAUACUGUGUUUAUAUAUUUAAUGACAAUGAAUUGUCGCAAUUAAAUGUGUAUGGUAGAUUUUACAUGCAGAUACAUGUUGCUUACAAAGCUCAGGGUUUGAGAUUUGAGAUCUGGAAAAUAUUUUGGAUAACAGCAUAUUUUAACCUUGUUUACAAACUGAAAAUCUGGUAUUCUCAAAUAAAACAUGCUGAUCGGCCCUUGAUAUAGCCUGCCCCUUGACAGUAUUUAAUUAUCGCGAUCUCAAAACUGAAGCCAGCAUGGUUUUUAUUAAAUCGUAAGAGUCACACAAUCUCAGAAUCAGACCAAUAUGGCAAUCGCAGAAAUUGCAACCAGCCUAUUUCUACGACUCUUGCGACAUAUGACAGUUGUGAUAUUUAUGAUUUAAUGGAGACCAGGCUCAAAUGUAAGAGGUUUGCAAUUACCCAAUGACAGAGUUAAAUGAUAACUGCAGCAUUGACAACAAUAUCAGAACAAUGAAUUAACUGCGAUCACUUUUGCAAUUAAUGCAUGCAUGAUCUUCAUCCCGACUGGAAAGUUUGGAAAUUGUGCAACCAAGAUUUGAAAAUUUAAUAGUAAAUAUGUAGAAAACAACAAAAUUACAUGCCCGAUAUCUUGGCUGUGCGAUACAAACUUUCCACACUGGAUCUUGAUUAACCCAUUAAGUUGCAUUAUGCCCCAAAUGUACUUUAUUAUUUUACUCUACGUUGCCAAACGAUUGGUAUUUCAACAAAAGAAUCCAUAUAUCUCAUUAGUCAUUAUCUUUGAUUGAAUAGGCACCAUCCAGACUGCCGUUUAUUGUCUUAAUUUCCAAGAGAUUGAUUGCAAGCCGGUUAUAUAGAAUACUGUUCUUUUGCCUGCAAAAGUGCAAAACGCUGUGGCAAAAAUCAUAUAUUAAUUUCAAUAUUAUUUCAAAAUUGGGUUGUGCCAGAAAUAAUCCACACUCCCCCCACAGAGGAAAUUUCUACCAUCCGGAGGGGAGGGGGCAGUCAAAAUUUGUUUCUGAUAAUAGUAAAAUAGGACGUCUGAAGCGGGUGGUGGGGUUAAUUAACUUCCAAUUUCCUCUGUGGGGGAGGUACUGUAUGGAUAUUUACUGGAAUGACCCAAUGGCCAAUAUAAAUUUAACAAAUCAUCAAUAGACAAUUCCCAUUAUAGACUAAUUUUAAAACUAGGCAAGGAGACCACAUCUAGAAAGAGCAUACUAAAAUUAGUAAAAUUAUGUAUAAAAGUUUGGUUGCGAAAUGUUGUAAAAUGCGGAAAAUAUAUAGCCUUGCAAAGUUUGCAAAUUUUGUAUACUUUUGUAUUGCGUGCGAAAAUUGCUACCAUUUUCGGCCCAAAUGUGGUAGGAAUUUCACCACGCAAUACAAAAGUAUACAAAAUUUGCGAACUUUGCAAGGCUAUAUUUUCCACAUUUUACAACAUUUCGCAACCAAACUUUGUAAUUUUACGAAUUUUGGUAUGCUCUUUCUAGCUGUGGUGAUUUAUUUGCAUCUCUUUGCCUAGUUUUAAAAUUAGUCUAUAAUGGGAAUUGUCUAUUGGUCGAUCAAUGACCAGUGACUUGCUGACUGACUUUGAGCUUUGCAAAGUAGUCUUUCUCAUGGUGAUGAGAUUUUGCAUAAUUCUAUCAUAUGUCAAAUUCAGACUCCCCGAAGUCUCAUACCACAUGUGAUGUUGGGGAAAUUUGGAACUUGCCAAAUGUUGAUUGGUGUCAUUGUGGGUUGUUUACAGCGAAUGUUAUUUAAUUAGUAUAGGUAAUCGCAUGGGGCCGAGUAAAAUUAAGGACUGGUUUAAUUUCAUUUGUGUUUUCAAAGUUUCACAAAGUUUCGUGAAGCGACGAGGGCAAUUUGUAAAACUUUGAAAACACAAGUGAAAUUAAACCUUAAUUUUACGAGGAACUAUGCGAUUACUUGUUAAUCAUAGAGGGCAAAAUUUAUUCGUAGGUACUCCCUUAGAGUUAGGAUUUGACUGUUCGGUUAGCACAAGACUGCACAGAGUUUGAGUGAGAUUAGAAUUUUUUCCUGGAAUUCUUUGUGGAUACUGGAUACCAGCAUUUCUUAACCUCGGCUGGUAUCCAAACUGAAAAGCUGGUAUCAAAUUUCUCAAAAUAAAACAUGGUUUGAAGAGAUCCUGUUAGGGUGGUUGUGCAUAUCGCUCAUCUGAUUUCCAAAACAAGCAAUGUCAGGGUUCGAAUUUAAUAGAAAGGAGAAAUCGAUUCGCAAAUUUCCUUCUUGAAAAUUUGAAGGACAUUUCAGUUUUGAAAAGUGGAAACACUGCUUUCGAAAAACAAAAUGGCGGUCGUUUCAUAGCGAAUUUCGUAAAGGGGAAUUGCUAGAUAGUAUACUUCAAAAUAAGGUUUCCCUUUUUAUAUCAAUUUUUUAAAAAGUUAGGGUUAGGUUGGGGUUUAGGUUAGGGUUAGGGUUAGGUUAGGGUGAGGGUUAGUAUUAGGGUUAGGGUUUAGUUUUGCGUUAAGAUAGUUUUUUCUACGUCAACAAAACGGAAACCUUAUUUUGAAGUAUACUAUCUAGCGAUCACCUUUCGUAAAGUUUCUGAAGAAAUUGUAGCCAUAUUCUUCAUUUCACACAUAUUUUUAGUACAAAAUUACAAUAAUAGUCAGCAAAAUACUCCAUAUCUUUCAUUAAGACAUUAUACAGUGUGUAUCAAAAUAAUUCGAAUCCAAAUUUGACACACUGCUGUUUAUAAAAUAAUAAGUAAACCAUAUAAUUUUUAUAUGGCAAUUAAGAAUAGCCUAUUAGGUUUCCGAUUAUGUCGUUCUUAUAUCAAUAAGAUCAAAAAUGACCAAGAAAUCGUGUGUUAAAACUGGUUGCUCGAAAUCAAAUUUUUCCGCCGAUGGGAAUUCGAAGUGAGACGUACAAACAAAAGAUAAUGCAAAUUUAAUUAAUCAACAAACUGUUAUGUAGCAAAAUUUACAUAAAUUCGUGUUCAUUUAAAGAGAUUUAAGCUCCUAUGCCUUCAACAUGUUGAACGAGAAGAAAUUCGCGUUAAAUUUGCAUUUAAGUUUUCAGUGAUGAUUAGAUAAGAGAUUUAAGCUCCUAUGCCUUCAACAUGUUGAACGAGAAGAAAUUCGCGUUAAAUUUGCAUUUAAGUUUUCAGUGAUGAUUAGAUUUCAAAGCCUUGUGGGACUAACUUUGAAAGAAAAAAUGUCCAAUUCCCAUCGGCGGAAAAUUGUGAUUUUUAUGGACUUUUUUUGUCAAAGCAAUACUCCUUCAUUUACCAACUAAAUGACGCGUAGGCCUACAGCAUGUCAUUUGAAAGGUAAAUAUUUUAAAUGAACUUAACAAUGGUGUAAAAACCAACCGAAUUUGUCAAAUAUAUUCUGCGUUAUUACACGCCAAAUUUGGAUUCGAAUUAUUUUGAUACACACUGUAGUAAAAUACAUUCGAAGUGAUUGUCAAAAUCAACCUUUUAUGUAAAACCUAACACAUUUGUCAUUGUUUUUGCCAAACGUCAUUCGCAAAAUGGAUGAUUUUGCAUUCAUAAAAAGCGAAUUUACGUUCGCAAAAUGCGAAUAGCGAGCCGCUAAUUCGAACCCUGAAUGUGGCCCGCUUGAGAACAUUCCAAUGUUGCUUUCGGAAUUUCGUUAUUGUUUUCCUUCUUUUCCAUGUCCAUGGCCCCUAUUGAUAGCAGAAGCUUGUCUUCUGAAAGGGUAACCCUGUUGAAAUAAAGGUUUUACAUUACAUUACAUUACCAUGUCGCUGUCACAGUUUAGACAGAGUUUGCAACCAAUGUUACUAUUUCAUUUUAUAUAUGAUGCCAUUUCCAGGCAUAUGUCGCCAUUUCAAGGCAUAUGUUGCCUGUCAGAAUUUACCCUAACAGCGCUUCUUUGAGUGUAUUACAUGUACGGUAUAUGAUUUACUGUAGUUGCCAUAUGGUCUCAAAAUUAAAUUCACUAAAAUCUAAAUGUAAAGGGGAUUCCCAGUACUAAUUAUGAUAGAGUUUAAUGCUAAUGGCAACAAUAACUGCAUUGUCAGAACCUUUGUAAUUGUCUUGAUUAAUCAUGUGGAAAUGAAAAUGGGUUAGGCAAGAUCCUCUUGAGUGUCCAAAUUGGAUAUACCAAGGUUUUGACAUCUGGUGUCCAAAAGUUGAAACUGAUAUUGUCAGGAUGCCAGGAUAUUGCAAAUUUUGAACCCUGAACUAUAUUUUGUGUUUUAAUUGACUUUGAUAUAAACAAUAUCCUGACAGUUUUAACUGAUAACUUGAUUACACGUGAUAUGAUCGAUCUUGAACCGACGACCUAGCUUCCUAUAUAUAGGCACUGGAUAUCAAUUUCUGCCAUCUUUUCCUGUCAUCUUUUCCUCAGUUUACUUUUCUGAAAGGCUGAAAUUGACCGAAGGUAUUACUCCAUGGCGAACACGGAUUGCUUAUUUCCUAUUGGACUUAACAUUGAUAAAGUUUUGCAGCAUUUUAGAAUAAUAUUUUGCCAGUUACGAAAAUUAAAGUUUGUCCAACACAUUCGAACGUUCUUUCGUUAGACAUGGUGAUGGCACUGGUUGAUGCAGCGAAUGACAAAGACAAGUCUGUCACUGAAAUGGUCAGAUCGUCUCUGUAUGCCAUUGGCUUGGAGAAACCAGAACUGGUUUUAAGCCUGUGCAAAGAUUACAUAUUGAAACACCAGAAGGUACAGAACAUGCUUAUUGUACAGUACUUCACUUAGUUUACUCAGGGUUCGUACAACACUUGAAAGUCCUUGAAUGUCCUUGAAUUUGAAAAGAAGUACUUUCAGUUAAAUUUUUCUUGCUUUAGUUUUUGGAUAUUUUUUGAAAUUGUUUAACAUUCAAAACGGACAUUUUGUUGAAUUGAUUUUGCAUGUUCAUAUCUUACUUUUUAUCCACCCAAACAUUUGGAAAUUUGAAAAAGUCGAAAUUUUACAAAUAUCACGCGUACAUGAUCUACACAAAUAAGGGAAUGCUAUUGGAUAAGGUUUUGUGUGACGUAAUUCCGUUCGUCUGUCCUCUAAUAGAUCAUGACUCUCGACCAAUGAAAGCGCUUGCAUUCUUAAACAGUAAUAUUACACCAUAUCUAACUACCAGAGGCAGAGCGUGUAUUUUUGGAUUUUGCUGCUAGGGGAAAAGUGAUAUUCAUUUACGGCAGGUUACGGCAGGAAUGUCCAAAUCUCGUUAUUUGGGGCUGUUGGUGGUGACGAGCAUACGGCGCAGUCUGCACUCAACUGAUUCAAGUCCAUGUCCGACUUGCUACAACACUGCUUUAUUCCGUCCAAUGUUAUGUUAUGUUUAAUUCCUUUCCUGUAGCUAAGUAAAGAGCACCGUGUUGUCUUGCUGGAAUCCAUGGGCAAGAUUAUAUCAGAUAAGAGGGAUGUUAUUCAAGCAGAUCUAGCCAAAGAACUUUUGAAGUUGGCCUUUCAGGAAAUGACAAAAUCAAAGGUAAUUUUUCUGCCAGAUUUUACAAUGCAGGUCGAUAACUACUGAUCUUGCUUGUAGGCAAACUGCGACGCAUCUUUUCAUAAUUUUCAGGAUAUUCAACCAAAGUGGCAAACUGCUGCAUCAGACCUCAUCGUGUCUGUUGGUAAGAAGUUCAAACAUGAAGUAAUGAGCGAACUGCUGGAGAACUUGGUGCCAGGAACCUUACCCCACUACUUUGUCAUAUUAACCUUGGCUAACUUUGCUCAAGCUGAUGGUAAGAGCAAAGAAAAAUUAUUGUUAUAUAGUUAGUGUCAAAGUUCAAUUUUUCUGUUUGCCGAUUGGUCAAAACCGUGCCACGUGCCGGUCCACAAAACGUCAUGUUCGGCAACCGGUCCGCAAUCAAACAUUUAUUGACCGGUCAAUAAUAAAAUGGGUUCAAUACGCAUGCGUGUCAACCAUGAAGUUCCAAAGUUCAUUUUUAAAACUUUUUACUAAACAUUUACGGCGUUCCAUUUAUCCAGUUCUGGUUUCAAAUUAAGUUCACUCCAAUAACCGGUGAAUUAUUCAUACUUUGACACUUAUAUACUAUAUAACAAAACACUUUUUUACUGAGACCUCGGGAAAACAGUGUGUUUUGUGGCCCCUCGACAGCUGUUGUUGUCUCGGGUCCACAAAACACACUGUUUCGCCUCGGUCUCAGUAAAUAAGUGAUAAUUAUUUAUUGAUUCAUUUAUUAACUUUACAUGCAACCACACAAAAGUACUACAAAAUUAUUACAAAUAAACGUUUUGAAAAAACUGAGCAACACUUAAUUUAAAUAUGGUUGAAGGUAUAGUCAACAGAACAUGCGAGUCCCAUGUGAAGACCAACCUGAAUACCUGACUAAAGACAAGGCAUACAACACUAUUUACAUAAUUUUGUGAAUCGCAUUAAUAAUUCAUGAAGAAAACACAAAAGAAAUCAUGAGCGUGAAGGAGUUUGUAUAUCUGAUACAGAAUCAUGCUGAUUACGUAAAAUUCAGUUUUCUCAUCAAAUAUCAUUCAUUUAUUUUAAAUUGUUGAAGAACACGAAUGUUCUCAUCAAGACGUUUACUAAGCCAUUUACAACAUUCGCAUCCGUAUUGUACAUGUACAUCAUAUUCAUUUGAGUACAUAAAACAUGAACUUGUGGUUAGAGCUCGACAACGACAACGAGAACUAAGUUUAGCCAAGAAAAGGUCCGAGGAUUGAAAUUCCCAGUGUUCGUCACUGCAACUAACGCGUGUGUUUUUAUUUAGCUUUUGCAUUAGUCCCCUUUCUCAAAGAUAUUCUGGGCAGAUUGCUACCGAUGUUAUUGCUGACAAAGCAAGAUAAUAUGAAAUGGGUGUUUGCUCAUUGUAAGUAAAUACAAUAUCCGGUUCUUUUACUAUGCUCUCAUUUACAAGAUUUGAGCUUAUGUAGCAAUGCUUGCUUGCCUUUUUUGUUUGAAUGCAGCCUUCUAGUUCCUAUUUAGGUCAGUGCGCAAAAUUAUCUCAUACCUAGCGUGUUAGCGGCUUUGCUAUUGGCUACGAGGAGGUGCGUUCAAUCUCGAACCCACCUGCUGACGUAUGUUUGGGAGGUGGGUUCGAGACAUUGAACUAUAAAAAACUGGAAGGCUAAGUCAGGGGGGGAAGUUGAAGCCGUGCUUGAAGCUUUUUUUGUAGGUAGACCCAGUCCUUUUUAAAUUUUUUUUUCAAAAUAUGCACAUUUUUGAUCAGAAAAAUCUUGCCCAAAAAUAUUAGUUAUGUCACCAAAUUUAAUUGAUAUCAGUAGUAUGACAAACGAAUGUAAUAUUCGCAAAGCAAACAAAUCACGAAUUAGCAAAAAAAUGCGAAAAACACGACCAUAAGUAUGAACGGUCCGAGAAACCGCGCGUUUUAGGCUGCUUUCUCUGAGUUUUUGGAAGUUUAAGAUAAAACUAAGACGUCACACCUCAGGAAUAAUUUAAACCCAUGCAAAAUACAUCUGUAUGCGAAGUUUCAAGAAGAUUGAAUGUUUUAAGGUUGAAAAAAAAGCAUUUGAAAAAAGUCCGGGAUUGGACGCACCUCGUGUUGUUGGAGGUUCUUCUUCCAGCCACCCGAGGUGCGUCCAAUCCCGGACUCACCUCCCUGCAAGUAUGUUUGUUAUAAAGUUCAAUAUGCUCCCGCUGUGGUAUUUUGACUUUUGGAGGGCAAUUUGUUUAUUUGUGACCCGCCUAGAAAAUGUUACUAAAAUGGCCACAAAUAAAAGAUAUCACCAGACAUUACCAGGCCGAAUAUAUUCUUGUAUUUUUCAGGUAGUUCAUCUCUACCAACGAAGGUUUUGACUGCUUUUCCAUGUGUAUUCUUGUUUCUUAAAUAUUGGUAUUCAAAUUUUCUUAUUGUGUAGGUUUCUCGCGGUUUUCAGAAAGCGUUACGUAUUACUUGGCAAACGUUGAAAGUACAAGUCAUAAUGAUAUCAGACAAAAUACAUUUGAAGGAGAAAUGUUAUCUGCUUAUGAAAUUUUAUUUAACGUUUGGAUAAAAAGCAACGAAGCAAAGGUAGUUACUGUCAAGGGAAGGAAAGGUCAAGGAAACUUCGUACUAAUUGCAUAUCAUUGAUGGAUAACCUUUUGAAAUAUGGCUUCUGCAGUAAACAGUAAAUUAUAGUACUGUACGCAACGCUGUAAAUCGCACAAUUAGAGAAUACGGUAGGUCGUUUGCAAUUUGCCCCAAUUGCUGCAUGGUUGCAGAAUAUAGUUUGUAGAACAAUUGAUGUGAUGUUUACCUGGUGUAAUAGGCAAUUCCAGCUUUUAAUUUAUGCACGCAGGGGGUGAGCGGACGUAAAGUAUCAUAUUGCUGAUUAUGCUAAGAAAAUAAAAAAACCCCUGCCGAAGCAACCGAAAUAUUUCAAUAUUUACAACUACAAGGAUAAGCUAUAUCACUCCGUGUUUACAGUACAGUACACGGCCACCAUUUUUAUUUUUCAGCAUAAUCAACAAUAUGAUACCUUACCGGACCCCUGCACGUAUACACUAAAAGCUGGAAUUGCCUAUUAAGUUACUGUCUAUUCUGCAUCUUCGUUUGUUCCUAGUGGCAGUAGUACGGUAUUCUUGCAGCCAGCGAUUGAGGCAAGAUGCGAACGACCUACCGUACUUUAAUCUCAGAUUUUGCGAUUAACAACGUCACGUUAUAUAAUUCACUGCUGAAGCCAUAUUUCAACGUAUAAUAUGCAAAUUACGAAGGAAGUAGAAAAAGGCAUGUCCGUGAUUUUUGGCAUACAUGCAUGGUGCUGAGACCAGCCAAUUUACCUACAAGGUCUUUUCUCAAUUCGUAUAACACACACAAAUUAAAAAAAACGAAGCUUUUGCCUUCAGUAGACAAAUCGUUGUUAAGCCUGAUUUCCAUAUCAUGGUCAUAAAAAUAGAGUCGCGAUCUUUCUCAACCGCCAGUUUAUAAUAGUUUAUUCCUGUAAACCACAUAUAAAUAAUAAGUAUUCUCUAGUUAUAUAAUCACUCUGUGUAUUUUCAGUUCUAGAAUGUUGUGUAGAGCGUUUGCACUAUGAUGUCACAGCCGCCAUGUUGGUGUUCCAGUUCAAAAGAAUUUUAAUUAGACUCUCUUGUCUGGAACAUCAAAAUGGCCGCCAUGGCUUUUGUUGAGUUGGUCCCUGGGGAAACGUUUUAUUUCGGCUGAUGACAAAGAUCGUGACUCAAUCUUUACGACCGUUACGACCGUAUGGAAGCCAGGCUUUACCCAAUUCACAACGUUAGAUAAAUCACAUGCCUAGUUACCUUUAUUUUAAUUUACAGAAGCAUAGAAAAGAACAAAGGUAACUAAGCAUAAGAGUUAUUCACUCAUGUAGAUAAUACUAAAGCUUAGUCACCUUUGUUCUAUUCUAUGCUGCUUUAUACUAGAGCAAUGAUAAUUAUAGGCAUGUGAGUUAUCUAAAAUUGUGAAUUGGGUAUAAAAAGAAUUUAGCCAAAUUUGUCUAGCAUUGUCACAGUCAAAGAGAGUUACUAACGAUUUAUAUUUCAUGUAAUGUAUAAAUUGACUGCCACACGGGAGUCAAUUUAUUUGUAAAAAGCUAGAUUAUGUCUAACGUUUGUUUGGAAUCUUGAUUCAACAUGUGCCAAAGAAUUUACUCUAGAUGAUGUGCAACCACUCCCAUGGGAUUCAAAGGACAAAGAGAUUUUUGCCAUGUUGGAUGAUAUUUGCAUUGCAAACAAGCAAAAUCCUUUGUUAAUGUUAUCCAACAUGGCGAUGGUGACGUGACUUGCACACUACCUAUAUCGCGUGACUAAAAAAAUAUUGUAUUGUAUUGUCAAUGUUGGACUUGUUUAGUCCUCAACUGAUAUUUUGAUAAAUUAAAAGGUAUUUUUUCUUGCAUUAAGGUACGGCUUUCGAUAAUUGAAGCCAUCGGUUAUAUGUCACAUCUGUUAUCACGAGAAAAAUUGGAGGAACAGCUGCCUCGUUUGUUUAGUGGCAUCAACAGUUUAUACAGAAAACAUCCUCCAGCUCAAUUCUACACAAUCACUCAAGUAAGCAUUUGUUUCGAGUUACCUGUAUACAGAGAUUAUGCAUGUAUAAACGUGAUUUUUUAAUAGACUCUUCCCAAAACAACGCCACAAAUCUCUCUUUGUCUGGGAGCCAUAUUCUUAUACGAAUCGUGAGCGAACUCCUAGGAUGUGACGUAAUUAUCGAAAGGUGUAUUAAAUUUCUCAGUGACUAUGAGAAUGAGCAUUUGUGAAUUCGCAAUGAGAUUUCCAUACUCCAAAUCAUUGACAAAACUAUGGCGAUGGACGUCCUCGAAGCUCGAGCACCCUUAAUCAUAAUCGCCUGAUGCAAAGUUGACAAUGAAAGUGCAUUUUUGUACGGCAACACUGGCCUGCUUUGUCAUGCACAAGUCAUUCUGUCUUAUAUUUAUGCAAAUUAUAUUUACAGUAUGUCAAUUUUCUUUCGUUCAUUCAAUUUAUUCUUUAUAUACUGUCCAUUUCUGUGAAAAUUUUAAAUAUAUCUGAGUAUCGGUCCAACGUUUUUAUGCAUUAAUUUGUUACAGAGUUUCUGUCGUAUUCUUGAGGCAGCGAUAUCAGAUGGUGGAGAUAUGUUGGCUUUACAUCUUGAUCAUUUAUUAAAUGAUCUUUAUGACAAGGUAUACAGAUCAUUUCUACCCAUAUCGGUCUCAGAACGGUUUUUAUUGGCAAAGAAAUAAAAAAACGAGAAAACUCCAUACUUUUUACACCAUAAUUAAAGGUUUUUGAUAUUCACCAAAAGUUAUUAUUCGUAAAAAAUCAGCAGCUUUAAAUCGCGGUGACUGCCAAUUUUUUAUCCUAACGUAGGGCCCAACUGCCGGGCGACAGGGAUGUUGCUAGAAUGUAGCGUACUAAAUAUAAACUUUACUUGCAUCUAGGCGAAAAGUUUUAUUUGUAGCACCCCAUUUUAGUACUGUGCCUGCUUUAACGAAUUUAAUCCAACGGAAAUUCCCAAACAGCCCGCAAUAAUUUUCUGGAACCAAAUGGUCCCAUGGUUGGGAGCUUUUAACACGUCUGAUUUGUCUCGUACGUUUUAGUCUAGGACCUGUAUAUGAGUUUGUAUGCAUUUCAUUUAGGACAGAUAACCUGAACUGUUUUAGGGCAAGUUGACCAUGACGGUCGACAUGGUAACGCUGCCCGAACCCCAAUCCGGGGCGAAACGUCCGAAACUGACCACACCCAAAAACGACGCUCUCGCCAUAGGGCUAUCUACCAAACCAUAAAAGCUUUGGCUAUUCUGAGGUGCUUAUAUGGUUCAGAGAUGGUGCUUUUAGGGGUGGUCAUUGGUAAGUGUGAAAUGCCUAGCACUGAUAUUUCACAAGAAAAUGACCAUGCAAUACUCAUAGUCAAACGUCAAUUUGUGACUUACAAAUUCAGAUAAACAGCAGUGGACCUACAUUACCUUUUUUCCUAAAUAAUUUUUAUAGAAACAUAAUUGGUACUUAUUUAAGUAUAUUAUCACUUCUUUGCUGUAAAAUAGUCUUCACUUUAUGACCGAAAUAAUAAUUUGAAAUGUACCUACCUCCUGCAAAUGGACGCAUUUGGCCAAAUUCUCCACUUUACUCCGCUGUUUAUCGCCAAUCUCGUUGAAAUCCUUCCAAAUUUGUACGGCAGGGAAGAAAUAAUGGUAUCAAGCACAUUUUAAACAAGUUUUAAAUAGAUUUCAAUCAGAUCCUAGCUGUUUAACCAUCGACAAGGUAAAACCACAACUUUGUCCAAUUCGGCGCCAUUUUGUCAUCCCAUGUCGGUUGUCAACAAUUCGGCCUUAUUAUUCUUCCAUCCAAGCCAUUUUGAUUCCACUAAUAACAAAUUGAACCCUUUGUUAAGGGUAUCAAAAUGAUAUAUAAACAAAAUAUAAGAAAUGCAGCAUUUUAUCACCCUGUAAAAUGUUGCUUACGAGUCUUUCAAAACAUUCCGUACAAAUCUCGCGUGGCAAAGCAACAGAACCGGCUCAUAAUAUUCUAUUUUGUUUUUGUUUUUUAGGCUUGUGUCAUGCCUGAUUUCAGCAAUCCUGGAACUGUCAAGAAUUGCAACGAAGUUCUUAGAUGUUUUGAUACCUUAUGUAAGUCAUCCACGUGUACGACUUACUGUAGAGGGUUAAGAAUCCCAUGCACAGCCUAACAUUUGCCAUGUAUAGAAGCCCACUGGCAGAUUCAGCCUGAAAUUUGGAAGACAAGUAAUAAAUAAGUCUGACGGCUUUUCAAUGAUUUAUGCAAUUUUACAGUAUUGUAGUUAACUCUUGUUCAUAUUUCACACCGCAUCUAUGUUAUAGUUCGCAUGGAAAAUAGUUUAACGCGCAAUUUUUCUGCACUCGAUAUACUUAAUUUAUCAAUGUUGAUGUAGUCAUUAAUAUGUACAAAAUCAAAGAGUGUGAAUCUUAUGGUUGAAGUAUUUUGUGGAUGGAAUUUUUUAGUUUAGAUUUUAUACAUCUAUUUUACAGUGUGACCAGGUUUAGUAUGUACAUUUUAUUACCAGAUCCGGUUGGAUGCCCUUAGACAACCCCACCUGCUUUAAACAACUGCAACAUUAAGAACAGGAGGGGGCAACCAACCAAUUUUAAGCAGCUUUAGUAAAAAAAUUUGCAUAUAUGGUCACACUGUCUAUAUUUAGACCUUUAACCAGGAGCAACUAUAGGCCCUGUGGCAGGAAUAGAACUUGCGGCCCUGCGAUCCCGGUGUACGCUCUAACCAACUGAGCUGUAGAGUCCAGUUGUCGAGAUCUAACCGCAAGUUCAUGUACGCAAGGGCCUAUAGUUGCAUUUUUCUCAGCUGCCCUUGUUAGGUCUACAUACUAGAUGUAUAAAAUGUACACCCGAGAAUUCCAUUUGUAACUACAAAAUCUUUAAACAGGUUCAGUCACUCAAAAAUCCUGAUGUGAAUCUUAUAUUUGCUGCCCUCUACAUGUGUUGUAGUUCAUUGUUAACCAGUUUGAUAUUGACAUUGUUAUUUAUUUAUUACAGGUAAAGUGUUUUCCGACCGCAUAAUAUCUCAUUUGCUCUUGAAACUGGAAAAAUCUGGGGAGAAAGGAAGGUUGGGAAGUCUUUCUGUACUGAAGCAACUUGUGAACUCUUCAGGUUUGUUUUAUUAUUGUCAUUGUUAUAUUUUAAACACAUUUAUGCACGAUGGCCUUUCGGUUUAAAUCUUGAUUUUUACAUAAUUAGUGACUUUUAGCGUUACCACUUGUAUACUCCAAUGGUUCUUGCCGUGUACUUGACUUGGUACAAACUUGAGACUCAAGGUGCACUUAUAGUCUUUAAGAUUAAGUGUGUAAAACGCAGUUUUCUAAAAGGUAUAUUCAUUCAGUAACCUGAAAUACCUGUACAGUGUGAAGGAACGCAAUUGCAUGCUAUACGGACACAUAAAAUCCACUCCGACAAUCCUUAUGCCUGUAUUCUAAAAGCUCACUCACGCUCUCAAAGAGUGGAGGUUCAAUCUGAGGGUUAGUAUGUGACUACUCACCUUCCAGCUUUUCAAAAACAGCAUUGAGUCCUAUCAUGUUGCAUGCCCAAACAUGCCGGAGAUAUCGGAUUUAAGCCUUGGAAAGUUUGCUGGUCAUAUGGUACAAGCAAAACGUACGCAGAUAGCAAGAACACUGCAUACCUAUACGCUAAAAUGAAAAAGAUACCAGAAGGCAAUAGUGUCGUACCCUCCGUUCGUAUAUGCACGCGAAUUAUCGCAACCUGAUGAUUGUACUUAAAUGUAUACACUAGGCCUAUUUAAAAAUUAAAAGUCUCCAUCUUCUCUGUUCUUGCAGGAAGUUAUUUGGAAAACAAGAAGCCACUCUUAGUAACUGGUGUUCAAGUUGUUAUCACGGAUGCAAGUCCAAAGGUUUGUUGAGCAGUUUAUGUACUGUCGAUCAAGGUUUUCAAAAUAACCAACAGCGCAAUGGAUGAUUGCAGCUAUAUACUUAAUUUUGCUCUAGGUAGGAAAAACGAAAUCCAUCACCACAGCUAGAAAGAGCAUCUUAAAAUUAGUAAAAUUGCAAAGUUUGGUUGCUAAAUGUUGUCAUGGCCAGAAAUCACGGACAUAAUUUAUUCUACUUCCUUACUAAUUUGCAUAUCACUUUGAAAUAUGGCUCCAACGGUAUAUAGUAGAUUGUACAACGCGAUGUUGUAAACGCAAAAUCUGCCAUUUUAUUUUUGACUUGGGAUCUCCGGAUUUUUUUCCGCCUGCCAUUUCUGAGAUAUACCCUGCCUUUGGCUAUUCGCAGGUCGUUAUUUUGAGCCCUAAGUAUACAGUACGUUGUUGGUUCUAGUAAUUCUUCAAUUAGUGUUUUUUGAAUUGAACUAAAUUGAACUGAAUUGGACUUAAAUUGAACUAAAAGAUUUCGAUGUACAGAAGCUAUUUCAUGUUGAAGCCACAUAAAUGAUCUGAUGGUAGGAUCAUAGUAUUCAAGUACAUAUUACUAAAAUCUUCACCGCAUCGUUUCAAACCUAUAGUUGCACUGUAUCUUCGAGGUUAUGAAAUAAAUAAAAUACCUGGAGGGAAUAAAAUAAAGUCAGACCCCCAAAUGGCCCCCAAAAUAUUGGGAGGUCAGCCCCCCAAUUGGAAAUUAAAGUUCUAACAAAGGUGCUUACCCCCCCCCCCCCCGAGCUCCCAACAGGGGGGAGUCUCCCCUUUUUACACUGCUGGUUAAUGAUACCAUACUAAACGUCUUCAAUUUUGCAUUUUCAGGUGAAACAGAUGUUUGCUCAACUGAUUGCAGCCAUGGCGCAUCAUGGUUAUCUCAAUCUUGAAGGAGGCCAGAGAUUGGUCGAGUUCAUUGUGAAACAAUGCGCUGUUAAUGUUGAUGAAGAGGUAAUGUUAUUAUUAGUCAAAAUGCUCUCAGUUAAUAUGAAUAUAUUGCGUUCUCCAAGAUAAAUUUCAGUAUUGGAAGUUAAUGUUUUUGUAUUGUGGAGCCAGUUUCCAUAGUUUCAUAGCGUGUACUAGGUACCUGGUGAAGUAUAUCGAUGUAGUCCUAGGGCUGUAUCAAAAUUAAUUGGGGGAUCAAAAUAAAUUCACCUCACUUUAAGUAGUGAUUUAUACGUAUGAGAUGUCAUUUCAAAUCCUCCAAUUCAGACUGGACUAUAGAUUUCGAGUCCUCGCAUCUUGAUCAAAUUGACUUGAAAUCUAGUGCAAUCCUCAUAGUCGAAUUUGAAAUAUGACUUCGAGUUUUCCCACACUACCACAUGUGUUUCUAUAAGACAGCUCAUGAAACCUACUCGAUCGGUUGCCCAAUUUUUGGUCGUCAAUGUGAUUAUAAAAUAGUCAAGAUUCAUUUUUAUUUAAACUGAGAUUCACUUUUUGUCUUGUGUUUCCUUAAUUAAUUUGGUUGUCAGAACUAAUAUUAUCACACUUUUUUUCGAUUACAGCGCUUGUUACACGGGAAAUUUUCCAUGUUUCCCUACAGUUGUAGGAACAGGCUUCUCGACCAAUGAACACUCGCGUACCAUAAAUUUUAUGAAUAAUAUAAUUAUAGAAGCCCAAGAAAUCCUCUGAGGGUGACAGUCCUUCAUUGAAAUCCAUUCAAUCCAUGUGUGAGAAUAUUUUGCGGCUUAUCACAACUACGAUCGAGAAAAUGGAAAGUGUAAGUGAUUUGUUUUAGUAUCUGUAUUUUGUGCACGCGUUUGUCUGUCAGCGUGACAGCGUCGAAUGAAAGAAUAUUAAUCAGCUUAUAUAUUAAAACUACAGGAGGUGUGUUUCUUUGAUCAGAUUGUAUCACCGCGUAAACCCCUGUUUAAUAUACAAUUUAGUUCAAAAGAAAGUUUGAUAACAUUAUACUCUGAUCACAGAAUAUCGUCUGUAGAUUCAAUAUAUCACUGUAAAUCUGGGAGUGUUACCUCAACACCAAAAUCGGUGUACAUUCUUGCCUCUGUAUGGACACCAAUUUGGUGUUAACUUACACUGAAUUUGGUGUCAUUGUGCACCCUUACAGUGUUAAUAGAUGCAACUGUGUGGACACCAACUUGGUGUAAAUCUACAUUAUGACAUCACUAAGACACCGGAGAAUACCCAGGGUGACCCCCAGAAAUUUUACGAUGGCUGUGUUCUAGAUUUUACGCAACUAAACAACUAGACCUUAAUAAAUCUAGAUGACAGUAUGAUUGUUAAAAUUGGUCUAGAUUAGAAAAAAAACAACAAUAUUAUGGCUGUUGAAAUUACGCGUCAGUUGUGUUAACAAUAGACAGGUUUGCAUGAUGACCGUUUAUUUUAAAGAAUCGUCACAUUGGUUCUCUCUGCUGGAUCAAUUGUAUAAUACUCGCAGUGUCAAAAUUCAUCUCUAAGAUAAUAUUUUUGAUGGACAUUAGUAAUUUGCCAGUUUAAUUUAAUGGAAAUUUGGAGUGUAAAUUUGAUACCUAACCAAGGGCAGCUGCGAAAAAUGCAACUAUAUAUAGGCCCUCUGGCUGGAAUCGCACAUACAGCCUGUACAAUUCCUGCGUACUGCGAUCAUUGAUUGGAAAGCUUAGACUUCAAUAGAUCGAUCUUAACAUUUAAUUGUGUAAAUCAUAACCAAGUACUUUCAUCACAGCAAAACAUUCCCGUUCGAUCGAACGUAUUUGCCACAAGUCCAGACUACUUUGCCACUCUGAAAUGCUUCGGGUCAAAUUUAACUUCCUUCUGCCGCUAUCCCCCGUUACUUCGUCCUUGGCCAUCAUCGGCCAUGCGAAACCGUCUUUAAGAACCCCAUUAAACCAGGAACUUGCAUGCCUGCUAUGCGAUAAUCCUAAAAAACUACAAAGAUCUUCAAAAAUUUCUGACGGUGCGGAAAUAAGGUCUUCGUAUUUAAUCAUAAUAUGACGGUUGUUCUGAUUGAUCUCAGAAUUUUCCAGGUGUUGUCUAUUUCGUAAUUGUUGGGUACAAAUUUUCCGUGCUUCGCUGGCUACCCACGAUUCUGAUACAUUGCCACUUUCGUGUAACUGCGCGUGUAAAACCGCGCGUGGAUCUCGCACCAACUCCACGACACGAAACGGAUUGUGCGUACCGACGUCUAGGUGACUUAGUUUUUCCAGAUCAACUAAUUGUGUGGUUUUAACCACCGUAUAGUCGUGUAGUUUACAAAUCGCGUUCAGUGUAGGUGGUCGUAGGUGGGUGCAAUAUCUGAUGUUGUACGAACGGCCGUAAAUCACCUCGGGGCAAAGCGGUGGGGAUGAGAGCGCGCGGCUUGCAAGCCGGUGGACUAAGGCUCUGUAAUGUCGAGAUAAAAAAUUUGUAUAAAAAUUGAAGUGUCUGAAAUCACAAUUGAAUAUACCUUCUAGAAAGCUUCUUAGCAUAGACGUGUAGACUUCAGGAGGUCUGUUUUCUCUGUAAUACUUGAGAGAGUGAAAAGGCUCAAAUAAAUAAAACACACUGUGGUGUUGGUUGAACAAUUCCCCAAGUAACAGCUCUCCCGAAUGAGGAACAGAUGUUACCAACACAUUCUGAUGUCGCUUGCUUCCAAACGUCGCCAAAGUUGAGUCCUUUUCCAUGACUUUUCCCAACUUUUCGUAAAUGCGUAGGGUCGCUCGAAGUUGGCGGAGCUCCCGCGAUAACUUGCUAACGUUAUUUCGUAGUUUUUCGACUAGUGCGUCUUGCCGUCGGGGACGAGGGGAUUGCGAUAUAUGAGGGUCGUCCAGCAUAUCAAUGUUAAAGCCGGCUUGUUCCCUGAUUGCCGCGUCGAACACACAUACGGGCAGAAACAGUGAUAUCGACAGCGUACACAGAAAUACAAUGCUAGCAAAUAUUACAGCCAAAAACCACAGCGUUGAUGCCUUCAGAUUACAAGUGUUUUUGAAAACGAACAGACAUUUCCAGCGCAUUCCCGAAAUUUAACAGCAUCUAAAACCAAAGGCAAAAAGUUCACUAUACUAUCCCUGCAAAAUACAAUGCCUUCUGUCCAAUCUAUAUAGUUCUUCGACACUCGAUGUUUCGACGUGUGGCUCGAUUAACAAUAAUAGCACAAAGAGAUAUAUGUUUUCCCUUACUGCAGCUAUUCCUCUGAUCAGUCCAGAUUAUAUUUCCGUACACAUCCAGGCCAUUGUAUUGGGCCUUCACUUGUAAAUAAAAUUCUGGGUGUUUACAAUCCGUGAGAUUUGUAUACUAGUUUCACGUGGAGCUAAUACUGUAUGUGUUGAAUAUAAAGUGAAUUUGACUCAAACCAAUCUGUCGUCUUUGAAUUGCUACUGUAUUCCGCUUUGAUAACAUUGAUUUCCCCCUUUAUAACCUUUCUUCGCUUUGUUGUACUGUACAAGACGCACUAUUCUUGGUUAACUUUACUACAAUCGGUGUUUAAUGAUUACAAAAAGUUGAAGAUUAUUACCCGCGAUAUUUAUUUGAUAUUUGAGAUUUCGUAGUUGUUAUUGUUUAUACAUGCGAUAAAAGUUGCAUGUACAUCUUUGUUCUCAUUCUUGGCGGAUUUCAAUACCAGUAUACCUGCUGUCAAAAUCGGGCUCUUUUAUGACAGCUAUAUAAAACCUCAUAGCUUUUGCGAACAUAUAACAUUCGAUGUUUUGGAUUAAAAUCCCGAAACCUAUUCGUGUACUAAAAACCCGCAAAGCCUACGAUUGUUUAAGCUUCUUUAUACAUGAGGUGACUGCGCUGAAAGAUUUCGUCUUCAAGUUUACUUGAUCAUGUUACGCCAUACGGUCGAUAAUUUUUCUGAAUAGAUAUCAAUGUUUUCUUGGCAUUGCUUCCUUGAUAAGUUGAUUCAUUUGCGAUACGGUCAACUAGUUUCUUUGACAUUUUCCCUUGCUUGACGAUUUUAUUUGCUCAUCCAUAUUGUACGACAAAAAUUGACAAGUGUUUCUUCACAAAGGUCAACGUCUUCUUCCUAAUUGAGAAGUGGCUUCAUUUUUAUUUGAAUUAUACAACGUAGGCCUACAUACAGUAAUUGGGGUCCGGUCUGGUCCGGUGUAGGUAAAAUUCCAUACGCUUUUGAAAGUACUUUAAUUUGAAAACAAAAAAUCAAAGCUUUGAAGUUCAUGAAGAAGUGUUUCAUUGAGAGUUCUUAAAUUUGUUUUCCUUUCUUAAAUUUGUCGGUUUACUAUAUUUUGUGCCUGUAAUAUUAAAAUACCGACAUUUUGCUGGACUGAUUUUGUUCAUGCAUGUUUUAAACAAAGCUGAUUGAAAUUCUUCAAAAUUGGAACAUUUUAUUGUCGCUUUUUACUGAUUUCCAACGCUCUCAUUUCAGCCAUUUAGUUUUGGUAUUCGUGAUACAUGGCCGUGAAAAUCUUUAAGUUAAACGAUCCUUGAAUUUCACUUUUCCUGCAUGACCUGUACGAACCCUGCUGGUACUUAAGUGGAAUGAAAUAUUUCUGUGUUCAUAUGGCUGUGUUCGUACUGUAUGUUUGUUGUCCGUAUGCUCUAUCUAACGCCUAGCCUGCGAACAGGCUCUCAAGCUGAAUUGAGAGCCUGCAUCGAUGACUAGUGAAUUUGAAUAUCUGCGUCUCAAAUCGUGACGCGAAAUUCUCAUUGGUCAGAUGCUAUAAUUUAUAUAUUUCCGCUGAGCUCUAUAUAUGUCAACUGCUGAACUAUGCAUAAAAAACACAUUACCUGGCUCAAAUUGGUCUCAAAGCACAAAAUGUUCUGUUUUAAGAAAACAGUAUUUAAAACAUUUGAACUUUUGCUUGAAUAUCUUGUAUUUCGAAAAACAGUAUAAACUGUACGGUCUAAAUUUAGUUUGCACGGUCUAAAUUUAGUUUGCACGAAAGUUGUAGACAACACCAUAUAAGGAUAGACAUUCCAUAUUUGGAAAAACGAACGUUACGGGGCAGAUAUUCAAAUUCAUUAGUCAUCGAUGCAGGCUCUCAAUUCAGCUUGAGAGCCUGUUCGCAGGCUAUCUAACGCCAGGUUAUUUUAUUCGUCAUUGGGAGAGUGCUGGCUUUCUGUCGGUUAAUCGAGUAAUGUCUUUUUAAGAUUAAUAUUAACAUUAUUUUCUAUUCUAUCUAGGUGCUAUGGCCGUACUUACUGGAGUUUCUGGUGCAAGAUGAAUACACAAACGCCAUCUGUGCCUUGUGUCAAAACUUGUGUUAUUUGGCAGGAAAACAACGAGAACGUGAUUCCGAGAAUUUCACCAUCGAUUUCGUGGAACUUGGUAUGUUAACGUUGUAGUCAAAUAUCACGACUUUGGCCAUCUCACUCAAUAUAACCUAACUUGAAGGGUUUUGUAAAUGAGAAUUUCGAGUGGAAUUUUUGUACAUUUAUUACUAGCCAUUCACUGUGAUUGAUUCUUACUAUGACUAUGUCUAUGAUUUUCAAAAUUUUUCUUUUCGCAAAAUCCUAUGAACUAUCCUAUGAACAGAAGUGACUGCAUGAAUAUUGUAUGGUAUGAAUAGAACUUACUGUACUUUAAAAGAUAACUGCAUGCUACUACCGCAUUAAACUUUGAAUUAGAUUUUCAACUUGUUAUUUUGCCAUGUUUGUUCAAGACCAAAUAUAUCUCCUUUUCUUGGGCGUUUGAAUUGGUCGGAUAAUACGAGCUAGACGAAUUUUGGUUGACUGUGUUGUCAUUUAUAGUAUUCGGAAUUUUCCGAAGAGACUCGAAGCUUCAAAGAGAUAUAACACGAGUUUCAGAACGCAUUCAAGAACGCGUUCCGAACGCGUUCAGGAAGGUGUUCCGAACGCGUUCUCGAAGGUGUUCCGAACGCGUUCAGGAAGGUGUUCCGAACGCGUUCUCGAAGGUGUUCCGAACGCGUUCAGGAAGGUGUUCCGAACGCGUUCUCGAAGCGCGUUCGCAGCAUUAGGUUACUUCUGAGCAGCACUGUAACCAGGGAGCAGUUGCGAAAAAUGCAACUUUAGGCCGUCUGGGUUAGAGCUCGACAACUGGACUUGUCACUCAGUUGGCUAGAGCGCUACACCCGGAAUCCCAGGGCCGCAGGCUCAAUUCCUGCCAGAGGAAUGAUAAAUGUACAAAAUUAUUUUUUGGCAGCCAUUUUCGCGGCGACUUAUCAGGUCUAAAUCGUGGAUAUUUGUAUUUCAGUGAAUUUACCAAAACCUGUACCCAUUUUGGCAAGAUUACUGGUAUGUAUGCAAUAUAAUUUUUUCUACACGAACGUAUAUUGCACAGAAAAAUGGCAAUGUCCCUGAGUAUUCAUAGCGUAGUCAAGAAUUGGUUUUGUAUAAAAGAAAGUUGUACUUCGUUUUGCCUGAUUUUAUGAAAAUAAGGCUCAAAUAUUACCAGAAUCCCAGAUCCUUCCUAUCGCCGAAAAAAAGUGUCCUCAGAUUGCGACUACUUUCCUAUGCCGUCGUGAAAUCGACAAUGAAAAGGUACAUAUUUUGAUUACCGCUAUACCAUUAACCAAUCAAAUGAGUUUAAUCUAUCCGAGUAACCAAUCAAAUGCGUAUUAACCCGGCGAGAGGUAGCGGAGGUGAUAGUGGUAGUCAAAUCUGAACCUCCCUGAUUUGGAGAUGGCGACAUCUGAUGGUCUUGAAUUAGCUACAUAUCAAUAGGUUGAUAUUUCAACAGUAAUAGGCUUAGGAAUGUAGUCGCAUUCCUGAAUGUUUUUAUUACGUUUUUAUUCAGGCGAGAGGAAUUAACUGAGUUCAUUAAAUUAGAGUUCGCAAUACUUUCGGUCAAGGGAUUAGCAAAAUUUGUUUGAGAUAGUUCGGAAUUCGAGUUAACUGCAUGAGUUCGAGGUAACGGGAAGUAAAAAUGAUUGAAAUAGUAGUAUGGGCAAAUCCACUAGUAAGGAUUUUGAAAAAAAAUCCAGUGUUAUUGACGGCAUCUUGUAUGCAGGUGACACUAAAGGAAAGUGUUUUGGGGACCUGUAUUUUUCAAACAUCUUUCGUCUCUUGGUCGAUGUGUUCUUGCGUCUAUAUGGGUCAUUGGACUUAAUUUGGUUAAUUUGGUAAAGUUGCAUUAAUUGUAUUUAAUAUAUUCAAUGUUCGCAGGUUUUAGGGGGACAUCCGUUGGCUGGGAAAGAAAGAGGAACACAUGUUCUUGGUCUCCUAAAGUUAUUAUCACCAAUCCUGCACCCUGAAAUUGAGGAACUUUGGGACACUGUCAUACCAAAAUUGGUGCAAUAUGUUGAAGGUGAGAGAGUAUGAAAGCAGUUUCGCGCGUUCCUCUCUGUGGAAAACGUUGUCAUAUAUAGAAUACUAUGCGAAACCGUCUCCACACGGUCUUUUUGUCAUACUAUGCUUUUUUAAACUCAUUCUGGUGCCAAAAUGUAGUUAAAUUCGUCCACGUUUGUAAGACAAAUUUUGCCGCCAUAUUGGAUUUUUGUUGUUUUGAUUUCCCGCUCCCCCCAGCCAUCACGAAGAUCAUUAAUUGCACUUCCGGAGAGUGCCAUUAAUGAAAUAAUUGCACUCCUCUUAAUCAAUCAGAUUGCAGUAAUUUUGUCAUGUAUAUAAUAAAUCGAGUUAGUCCAUAAAAGUUGUAAUUAUUGCAGAAAAUAAAGAAAAUGAAGAGGAAUGGAAUCAGAAAUCUUGGGAAAAUCUAUUACUUAAGGUGAACAUAUCAUCAGAAUAAAGUUUAAUAAGCAACCUGCGCAGCAAAAAUGACCAACUUGAAACAAAAGCUAAUUUCGCCCCACAGUGUGUAAGUGUAAAUGCUGUACCUCACAAUCCAUUAUACACCUCCCCUGAAAAGUCAUGCACCUCCCCUUGGGAAAGUUUCAAUGAUAGAUCAAAGUGAAAACUCGACAUUUUUGGUUGCUUAGGGUCUACACUUCGUAAGAAAGUUUUUCUGUAUAAUUGAAACAGUGAUAGCCAUUCUUCUUUGUGUCAAGUACCCUCUUAAAGCAAAGUUUUGAAAGAAACUUUGUAGUAAUUACAAUGAAGGGCAAAAUUGGGUUAGUUGUACUAAUUCAUUAAUACACUGGUACAUAUGUAUAAUAGGUCACGUCCUUGACUUCUGCCCAUUCUAAGCCCUAACUUUCCAUGGCGGUCGUGAGCUAGACUGCUGCCCCUAAAUAUGUUUCCACCUCCCCCACUAUUUCUACGAAAAUUCGGUGGAAAUGUUGAAAUGUUACUAGAUCAAAGGCUAUAGUACAGUUUAAAAAAAUACUUAAUGGUUCACGUAUACUCAAGUUCAAUGUUAUUUCCAUCUAUUUAGUUUUUCUCCAAAACACUGGACGAGGUGGAGGACGAGGAAUGGAGUAUAGCAGUUGGAUUAGAGUUAGGAAAUCAAAUACGGCUAUAUACCAAUCAGUCUGAAGAUAAGGUCGGUUAGACAGUUUCUUCAUGGGCGAGAUGUCUUAAUUGUGGUAUUUUUUUAAACUACAGCUAGGGUAUAUAUAUAUAUAUAUAUAUAUAUAUAUAUAUAUAUAUAUAUAUAUAUAUAUAUAUAUAUAUAUAUAUAUAUAUAUAUAUAUAUAUAUAUAUAUAUGUAUGUAUAUUCAAUCGUUUCAUGAAUGUGCAAAAAAACGAUCAGUUUCUGCACGGUUGAUUUUUGUACUAGCAUAUUUGGUCUUCUCUGUAAAGUAAAAUAAAGAAAGGUACACUUAAGGAAUUAUAUUUGGUAUUUUAAAGACAAUCCUUAAGUGUACCGUUCAUAAUUUUGUUUUACACAGAAUACAAAAUAUUCUAGUACAAAAAUUAUUUCAUGUCAAUUUUAUUGUGGCUAUGUUAUGUGGCUGGCUGUGUUUGAAUUUUCGCAAUUUUGCAAAUUUCUCAUGCACUUAGAAGCUAGUUCUUUUUUUCAGAAUUUUCUUUACAAAUGUGUGGGUGUUGUGAUGAAAGUUGUCACAAAAAAAGAUUUCAUUCAGAGUCAGCUUUCUGUUAUAUUUUCGUCCACGAAACAUUCUGAUACCGACGAGAAAGAGGUUUGUUUUUUACAUCGGGGUAUGUGGUUACCUUUAAAGGUGGCAUGGGUAGAACUGAAACGAUGACACGGUGGAGGGACUCUCAAAGGGGGGCGGUGUGACAAGGCGUGGAGGGUGCAACAUGAUAAACGUGGAAAGUGCCAGUAUUUAUUUUUGGUUCUAAUACAUGACCUAAUAAUAUGAACAUGGUAGUAUACACUCGGGGUGGCAUCACAAGCAUCAUAUUCACCUGAGUACAUUACACCAACACAGAGGAAAUUCAUGAUUACUAGAUUACAUCGGUAUCGAAGGAAGGCAUGGCUCAGUUGGAAGAGCAUUGGGCUAGUAUUCGAAAGGUCGUAGGUUCGAUUCUCACCGUGACCAGGCAUAUUUUUCAAGCUUUUCCGGUGUGGAUAUACACUCGGGGUGGCAUCACAAGCGUCAUAUUUACCUGAGUACAUUACACCAACACAGAGGAAAUUCAAAUGCAGCUUACUAACAUCUUUACCGCAUCAUUUCAAAAAUAUUGCCCCCCCCCUAUCCGGCAUGACAUUUUUAACACGAGAGGCUCAGCCCAAAAGGGUAACAUAUGUCAUAUGACGAGACCAAAUGUGAGGAAGUUAACCUACCGCACGGUUUUAGCCAGCCUACUUGCCGUCCAGUUGUUUUAUGGUCAGCAUGUUAGAUCUAAACUCUUGUUUGACAUGGAUUCAGUUACGUUUACACCUCUUUGUAGAGUGGAAUAGGAUUUAGUCCCACCUAUAUUUGCAGCAAUUUGUCCUCCUGCCAGAAACUUCAUUAUUUGUCCUCUGAAUCCUUCACUGAAGUCUAUAAGCAUUAUUGGUGACCAUGCGUGUAGAGGGUCCGAUUAACUUAUAUUCUCAGCGAUUCUCUAAAUAUUUUGUAAGCAUACUUAUAGGUGUUAUCACGGUUAAAGAAGUUUUAAAUAAAAGUAUACUCUAGUAUAUUGGAUAGUACCUGUUGAUGGGUUAGAAUUGAGUGUAUUCGGUGAAUGCAUCAAGUGAACGUAAUUAAUAUUGCAGGGAUGUGCCAUGGCGUUUGGUUUCUGUGCGUCGAAUAAUCUUGAUGCCGUCCUAUUAAAGUUGGAACAAAUUACGAAAAAUGAAAUGGUGCCAAAAUCGUCUGGUUUUCUCGGAUUAAUGAAGG